AUGAGUCAAUCAGAAAGGCCAUCAACCGACGCUCAUCAACGACUCGGCUUCAGGCGAAAGCGACAACAAGUCGGACGAGCCUGUGAUGGCUGCAGGCUCCAGCGGAUAAAAUGCGACGAUAGCGCCCCAUGUCUCAAUUGCCGCACCCGUGGUAGAGAUUGCAGCAAAAGCACCAUAUCACUAGUAUCAACUCUUCCUCAAGCUCAAGACGAGAUUGAUAAGCUGAAGCGACGAGUCAAAGAGUUGGAGGCUGAACUCUCACGAACGCGCAGUAGCAGAACGUCGCCAAUCGUACAAGCACAAGAGCCAACGCCACCCAGCAGCUCACCUUCUCUCGCGCAACCAGUAAUCCAAGAGACAGCCAAAAUAAAACCGUGGGAUGGCGUUUAUCUUCGACCAGCACGGUCUCCCCAUAGUGCAUGGUUUGGGCCGUCUUCACUUUACUUCUUUACCCAUCGGCUCAGUACAUUCUUGAGUACCCAGGCUGAGCACAUGCUCAUUCACCUGGCAAGUAAUUUGGAGUUGCGCGAACAGCCGACGGUUGCUCAAGACUCCUCCAGACUCUUGGCACCGCUGACUGGGACUCACGACGAAGCCUUUUAUUUGACGCCAAUCCAAGAGGAGUAUUUUCUCAGUUUGUAUUGGGAAACAUACCACACGUCGCUAUAUGCUAUAAUCGAUGAGGCGAGCUUCAAAACACACGUUCAGUCACUAUAUGUCAAUGUGCCACCAGGGCUCCCUAGAAAGCAGUCAGCACUUUUGGAUAUCAUUAUCGCUAUGUGUAUGCAGUAUCACAUCUCUUCUCGGCCAGCUGGAAAGAAAACGUGUAUUGUAGAAGACAACGACGCUACUCUAGCUGGUCGAUGGUAUUAUAGGCGAGCCCAGACUCUGCUGGCUUGUGAGGUUGAGAGUCCUUCACUGUCAACUUUGCAAUGCCAUUUACUAUGCGGUGUGUAUGUCUGUGUUGGCUCUUUCCACAAUAUGGCAGACAGCAUCUGUUCUCUCGCUGUCCGUACUGCCUAUAUGCUGGGUCUUCAUCUGGAACCACCAUCGACGUUACCCUCAUGCGAGAGGGAGCUAAGAAGACGUCUGUGGUGGUCUGUCUUUGAACUGGACGCUAAAGUCGGCAUCAAAGUCGGCCGCCCAUUCCUUGUCCGCACUACACACACGAUGCCUCAGUUACCCCGAGACAACCUUGCAGCAGCCAUUGAGUCAGGGUCAACAUUUGCUCCUAUUGGAGAUAACGCUACUUGGCUAAGCUUCAGCCUUCAAAGGUUCAAACUUUACCAAACUGCGCGAAAACUAAACCUGUCCUUCUACGGCUACGAGCUCAAAUUAAAAGAUGGAGACUCAUUCUAUAAUGACAAUGAAGCCAUGGACGAUCUUGCAUUGAGUUGGGGUCCACAAACAAGGGCCUUGACCGAGUGGACUACGCAAGUUCCUCAUCCUCUCAAGAACAAACGCAAGAAUGGCGUUGCGUUUUCUUGUGACGGUUCAAUACUCGAUCUUGAACAGUAUGCACCCAUCUGGCUGCAAAGACAACAAUUAUGUCUCGAGCUGGAGUAUAAUCAUCUAUGCAUUAGUCUUCACCGCCCCUUCAUAUCAUUUUCACUCCAUCAAGGAAACAAUACAAUCGCAAUGGCUGUCAAGUGUGCUCAGCAUGCAAUAGAGCUGACCAAUAUCACACAUCAGGCACUGACCAUGACGACUGUACUCCACGGCUGGCACGAGGCCUUUCAGUGGCAGUGGAGUGCAGCCAUGACGCUUGUGGGAUUCGUAAUGGCAAAUACACAACACGUUCUUGCGUCAGCCGCCCGAAGAUCCAUACAAUUGGCUGUGUCUGUGCUUGAUAUGUUCGCACCAAGCUUUGACGCUGCCGCGAAAGCAGCCAUUAUUGUCCGGACAUUGCACACGAACAUUGAAUCUGUUAUGACGCAGUUCGAAGCCCAGAUAGAUCACAUCGCGGGGACAAUAAACGAGAAUCCCUUGUUGGAUAGGGCCAUCCCUUCACAAGAGGAUAUCGAUGAAGGUGUUCCGAAUCAAUUCGAAGGUGUUGGAAAUGAUCUUGAUCUUUUGGACAUGACCAUGAACGUUGAUUUCUGGGCUGAACUGGACAUGCUUUUGCCUGGAGGUUUUGGGAGUAACACUGUCGCAUCAUCAGAGUCAUGA